UCGUCGUCUGCAUCAAUCACUGAUCCUCCAAUUUUCCACACGAAGCAUAGGCCAGGCUCUAGGGAAGCCAUCGCUCAAUUGCUGAUGAAGGAGAGAGAGGCAGAGUACACACGACUGCACAAUUAUCGGUUAAUAUUUUGUGGUACGUGGAAUGUUAACGGACAGCCGGUGGCAGCAGAUUUGAAUGAAUGGCUGUCACCACAAAAGGAUGAUGAUCCUCCCGAUGUUUAUGUUCUCGGUCUCCAAGAAAUGGAUCUUAGCAAAAACGUCUACAUAUUCACGGAGUCGGCUAAGGAGGAUGAAUGGCUUUUCAAAUUUCAAUCAGCUCUCCAUAAAAAGGCCCAUUACAAACUCGUUCGUUGCGUCAGGCUGGUGGCCAUAAUGUUAGUUGUGUACGUGCGCGAUUCAGUCGAGAGACACCUCAGAGACAUCUGUUUUGAAAGUGUGGGCACUGGAUUCUUUGGCACCAUGGGUAACAAGGGUGGGGUAGCAGUGAGGUUCAAACUUCGAGAGACCAGCGUCUGCUUCAUCAACUCACAUCUGGCUGCACAUACUGAGGAGUGUGAGAGGAGAAAUCAGGAUUUCAGAGACAUCAACACGCGUCUGUUCUUUCGGCUAAAAAAUCAAUUCAUCUCUAUAUCGGAACACGACAUAGUGUUCUGGAUUGGUGACUUGAACUACCGGAUAAGUGACAUAGACACUGAGGAUGUGAAGCGGAUGUGUUCCUCAGGUGCCUAUGAAGAUCUUCUGAAUUUUGAUCAGCUCAGUAGAGAGAUGAUAUUAAAAAAAGUCUUCUUUGAUUUCAAAGAAGGCGCCAUUACAUUCCCUCCCACGUUCAAAUAUGAUCCUGGCACUGAUGAGUGGGAUAGCAGCGAGAAGGCACGCACGCCGGCCUGGUGUGACAGGAUUCUUUGGAGAGGUGACAACGUUCGCCAGAUAUGCUACAGGAGCCACAUGCAGUUGAAACUCAGUGACCACAAGCCUGUGAGCUCCGUCUUCAUCAUCGGGACUAAAGAAUUCAAAAGAGAAAUGGAGAAGCAAGUGAGGGAGAGUGUCAUCAAGUUGCUUGACCAGGAGGAGAAUGAAUUUCUUCCACAAGUUUCACUCAACAUGACUGAUGUAUAUUUUAAGAAUUUGAAAUACCUUGAUAGCCAGCAACAGUCGCUGACCAUUGAAAACAUUGGUCAAGUGCCAGUCAAGUUCAAGUUCAUCAACAAGCCGUCAGAUGCGUACUUCUGCAAGCCAUGGCUGCAAGUCCAACCAUCUGAAGGAUUCAUACACAUCGGCGAAAAGUUCAUCAUACAGUUGGAGGUUCAGAUCAACUCCAAGUCAGUUCCCGAUUGGAGUUCAGACAAGAUUGAAGACAUCUUGGUUCUGCAUCUGGAGGGAGGAAAAGACUUCUUUAUCACGGUAUCUGGAAGCUGUUUGCCGAGUUUUUUUGGCCUGCCGCUUACGAAACUUGUGCACAUGUUGAAGCCUGUUGGCCUGAACAAGUCGAGAAGUGAAGAACCCAUUACAAAGGAAACAGACAAGUCAUUGGGAGUGCCAAAGGAGUUGUGGUUUCUUGUGGAUUAUUUGUAUCAGCGGGGCAUGGACCAGGAGAAUCUGUUUCAAAUGCUUGGUUUGGAGUCUGAAAUAAAAGUUAUCCGAGAUGUUUUGGAUGAAACUAUCACUGGACUGUCAGCGUCAACAUUCCACAUUCAUUCCGUUGCGGAGACAUUGUUGAUCUUUUUGGAUUCCCUGCCCACACCAGUCAUUCCCAACAACUUCUACCAGGAAUGCCUCAAUGCCACAAGUGUUCAGAGUUGUCUCAGGGUUAGUGAAGCGACUUUGCCAGUUGCACACAAGAACGUUUUCAGAUAUGUCUGUGCGUUCCUCAGGGAGUAUCUAUCUCAUUCUGAUAAGAACAAAAGUGAUGUUCGCAUAUUAGGUUUGUUCAUUUGUACUUUUUGUUUAUGUAUUCGUUGGUUUGUUUAUCUUCAUAUAUAUAUAUCUUUCUUUAUCUUCAUACUUGUUUAUCAAUUAGUAAGUUUGUUUGUAUGUUCAUACGUUUGUUUUUUACUUAAACUUUAUAUUUAA